UCUUUAUUUUCGACAUUGUGUCAAACGGUGUCAAGAUGGCGAUGCCCAUGAGGAGGGUGCUGGUUGCUCUUCACAGAACAACAUUGAGCAGUUUGAAGAAUGCUGAGGGGUCUCUGGACGUGUGGCACCCGGCCCCACUUUACUUGCCGGUCCGGACUAAGAAGCGGUUCUUCAUCCCUCCAGCAGUGAAGACGAGAGAGAAGAAGGUGAUUGACGUUGAGAAAAAGGCCAGGAAAGCAGGCAUCGUCCUCAGACAGCAGUACUUGGAGAGGCCCAUCAACAUCGCCUGCACCGCGGGAAUCUUCGACCCCUACAUCCCCCCGGAGGGCGACGCUCGUCUGUCCACUCUGACUAAAGAAGGCCUGAAACAACGAACUGAACAGCUACGACAGAGCGCCGGCUCACAGCUAGCGAUUCGUAAAAUCAAAGAGCACGACACUCAGUUCAAGACGAAGAGUUUCGCAGAGCAAGCUCAGGAAAUCUUUAUUGAGGCCCACAACCACCUGGCACAGUUCAACAGGGAGAAACUUCACUCCUUGGUGACAGAAAGAUGUUAUCCUGAGAUGACGAGAGGAAACCGUUACAAGACGAUCAGCUGGAGGUUUGUAGAGUCCCUGGAGCCGCCCAAAGUGGUCCAUGCACGCUGCCCCGAAAUGGUCUCCAAAGGCAACCUGUACGGCCAGGUGACGGUCCGCAUGCACACCAAACAGACUCUGGCCAUCUACGACCGCUUCGGGAGGCUGAUGCUGGGCACUGAAGAGCAGCCGAAGGACGUCCUGGAGUAUCUGGUCUUAGAACGACACGUCGUCAACCCCUACGGCAGAUGGAGGUUGCAUGGAAAAAUAGUGCCGUCCUGGGCUCCGGCCAAAGAUCCAAUUAUUAAGACUGUCUUGAUUCCUGGUCCAGAUCUGAAGCCAGGAGAAGAGUUUGAUGCCAUAAACUAUCAAGUUCCCAAAUCAGAGGCGGUUCAGUGGAAUAAAUAGUCCACCAGGAGGCGCUCCUCUUUACAUUAACCACAGUAGGACAUUAUCAGCAGUCGUGCGUCAAAUGCUGUUUAAAUUCUGGCUGUAGCUGGUUAGUUUGUCCACUUCGACAGGGAGUCAGGCUUCCUGUCUGAAGGCUCUUAUCUGUCUGAAGCAGCAGGUGAGUUUUAGGACGAACAAACUGCUGCAGCCAGUAAAACCACACAACAGUCUGCAAUAACAAUAACAGCUGUUUUCUCUAAUUGUUUUAAGACUAACUUAAUGUGUGCAACAAAUAAAAUGAACAAAUCUCCAGAAA